UACUUGGAUAAACUGAAAACCAUCUCCAGCACCUGGAUGGACGCCACCCCGGUGGCCAACAGUGAUAACGUCACACUGACGUGGGGAGACAAAAUAGCUGGAAAGUGCACGUAUGAAAUCAAUACUUCAACUUAUUCAACUAACUCAUCGGCAGCAGUGGAAUUUCACUACAGCUCUUGGAAUGAAACCCAUCACGAGCGGUACAUGAAGACGUGUCCCGACUGCCUCCUCUUGUUUGAAAACGUGACAACGAAGGGCCCCGAUUCGAAACCCAUCCAAGGCAGAUUCUUCAUCAUCUUAACAAAGUCCGGAAGACUAGAUGAUGCCCAUCUGGAGGUUUUCAAGAAACAGGCCGCUUGCCUGGACUUUAAAGAAGAAUUGCACUUCGGAGAGCGCACGGGUAAGAUGCUUCCGUUUCGCUCUCGCUUGGAGCCGAUCACCUUUGACCUCUCCGGGCUUCCUCUCUCUUCCAGAUCUGUGCCCGGAAGUCCCUCACGAGAGCCGACAAUAAAGCCUCGUUUUCAGGCCGAUGGCACUGAGGCGAUCGGUUUUGUACUUUCUGUCAAUGUUGACGUACAUCAAAUAAACGAAAGAAAAACGGACUUUGCUUUUGUCGCGGUCGCGCGGCGGUUUGGGUGGUGUAAUCAUUUCGAGCAAUUCGUCACAUUAUUGGAUCUCCAUCUUUCGACCAUCAUAACCACCACGUUCUGUACAAGGUUUCAAGUGAGCGGACCCUGGACUGGGGCAAGUCAGGGCAAAUACUUUUGGAUGACUCCAAUACUCCGAGGAUCCGAUCCCAAAGGUCAUAAACUUUGGUCACCGCACUCCACCCUGGGCUGCCGUGUCCACGUCUUUGUAUUCAUUCAUCCGUUUUCUUUGGCGCUUAUCCUCACAAGGGUCGCGGGGAGUGCUUGCCGGCCAAUCGCAGGGCGCAUGGAGACAAACAGCCGCACUCACAAUCACACCUAG